AUGGCGCGGGCCUUGUUUACUGAGGAAGAAGUGCGGCUAGCCUCCGAGCGAUGCCUAAAAUAUCAAGGGUCGGCCAAAGUCAGCAUCGACGAAAUUGAAUUUGACCCACCAUUGCCUCGAGAUCUGGACUCGAAAAAUUUAGACAGAAUUUGCCAGAUCUUUCGAAAGAACCACUGCCGUCGCCUUGACGUGGAGAACCGUAUUCCUGUGAUCGUAUCUCGAAAUGAUCUCGCCGCGGCGCUCCAGCAAGCAAAGGUGACGGCCGGCGCUUUGAUGACUAAGACUGCCGAGCGUUUUCCCAGUCUCCGAUUCCCACCCGGUCAACUGCUGGGCCUGCAUGGGCGACAUCGUGCGCAGGCCGGCUCCACGGUGCUGGCGCCCAUCGACCGAUGGUGGGCCGUAGACCUAUAUUUUAACGGUUCGGUCGCUAUCCUGUCCUAGCUCCCGAAACUCUGAAAACUGACUGUCGCUUCGGUACAGAUAUUAGUGAGGACCUUAGGACAACCUUAGUAGAAGAAUAUGCCAACCAAAAGACCCCAACUGACGGCGAAAUAUAUCGCAAAAUACGACAAUAUGAAGGAGAGCAGAACGAGCCUUUUCGAGAGCGGUGGUUUGUACGAUUGUCAAAAAGCAACCAAGGCCGACUGGAACAACUCGACAACCGCAAAAAUCGCCGGCUUCGCGGCGCUUUUGAUAAAUUGCUACGUAUCCCAGGCGUUUGGCCCAACGGGAUGAGAAUCAGCAUGCUACAUCGUCUGAUUGCUACUGACUGUGUAGAAG